AUGUCGGCGCCGCCGCCCCUGCAGAUCCGCGAGGCGAACGCACACCUGGCGGCCGUGCACAGGCGCGCGGCCGAGCUGGAGGCGCGGCUGGACGCGGCGGAGCGCACGGUGCGCGCCCAGGCCGAGCGCCUGGCUCGCCACGACCAGCAGCUGCGCGCCGCCCUGGACGAGCUGGGCCGCGCCAAGGACCGCGAGAUUGCCGCUCUCCAGGAGCAGCUGCUCACCUCCGAGGCCGCCGUCCACAGCCUGCAGGCUGCCGUGCGCCAGAGGGACGAGCUCAUCGGGCAGCUACGACCCCGGGCCAAGCUGCUGCAGGACAUCUGUCGCCAGCGGCCACCCCUGGCCGGGCUGCUGGCCGCCCUGGCUGAGGCCGAGCGCCUGGGGCCCCUGCCAGCCAGCGACCCUGGCCACCUGCCCCCUGGCGGGCCUAGUCCACCCCUUGCCAACAGCACUGGGGAGGAAGGGGACGGGGACCCCCUGCAGCCUGCAGUGUUUGGGACAACAGUGUGAGCCCUGGGGCAGGGAUUCCAGGAUGGAGACAGAGGGCCCCCCAUGGGGACUUUUCCCACUGCUGUGGGUGUCCUCGGGGGUCACCAAUAUCCUAGAGGGGACCCCGUGGCAGAGCCAGGACCCAAGCAUCAAAACCUGCCAAGAAGUCAUAGGUUUCAAACGGGUGGCCUGCAAGCCACAUGCAGAUGUUAGCCCAGAUGUUUUUUUUUUUUUUUAAACCCUAAGCUUUGAGUCAAUCACCCUUGUUGAAAAACUGGCAGCGCUUACACCAAAAUCUGGAUUUCUGGCUUCAGACUUGGCCAUGCCAGCCUGGAUCUGAGCCCAGGGUAGCCACUUUAGCCAGAGUGUGCGUUUCAAUUGGCCCCCUCAUCUCUCUCAGGGCCAGAUGUCUGGCCCCCGAAGCAUCUGAGUUUGAGAUCUCUUUCUCUAGUGGAGGCAGAUGGUAUCAAGUUCCAUGUCAUUUGAAUUUUUCUCUGUUUCCCCCCCCCCCCGCCCUGAUUCUUGUUCCUCCAGGAGCAUCCCCCAUCCUGGGGCAAAAGCUUUUCUUACUCUUCAUCCCACACCAGAAUUGGGAGCCUCAAGCUUUGUGCCGUUUUGCACUAGUUAUAUGAAGACAAAUUUUUAAUCCUAGAUAUUUUUUUCCUAACUCUGUCCUUCCCUCAACAUUUAACCCAGAAGGAAGAGUGCGUGAGUCAGACAUGCUGAGAUGCUGGCAGCCAGGCUGUGCUGCCCAGGAAAACACAGGCAUCCCUUAAUCUUUUCUGAUAGCGUCCUGCCUCAGGGCCUUUGCACUGGCUGUUCCCGCUGCCUUGAGUGGUCUUUCCCCACACGUCACACGACUGGUUCUUGUCACUCAGGUCUUUGCUCAAAUGUCACCUCCUCAGAGAGGCCUUCCCUGACCACCUUAUCUGAAGUAAUUCCUCUCCCUGCCCUCUCGCCAUUAUCCCAUUUAAUUUUCUUGAUGGAAUGUCUUACCAUCAGGCUCUGAGCUCCAUGAGGGCACGUAUUUGUUCUGUCUGUCACCAGUGCCUGGCACACCCUGGGACCCCAGUAGGAAGAGGAUGGGUUUGUGGGCCCUGAAGGGGGCCGGGGGUCCCCAGUGUGACUGAUAAGGCCCCCGCACCCCCGACUGGUCCAGCUUUUGUAACAGUAGCUGGCUCCUUUUGAUACGCCCUAGAGAAUCUAUUUUUUCACUCUUAUUUCUACGCUGCCCUUCUUGGCCCGAGACACUCAGGGUGCCUGCUUUUUAUCAAACCAGGGAACCCUGUGCCCUUCUCUGCCCAGCCCAAGUGCCCAGCCUGGUACCGUGGCAGCCGCGUCCGGGCCUCCUCACUCAGGGAAUUGUCAUGCCAGGAACCGCCGAGGGGCAGGGCCCGUCGGCCCGGAAAGGUCGGGGUCCACCCCAGCCCUCAGGAUGGCGCCGCCUGCCUGCCUGGUGUCUGACAGUCACCCCUCAGUGUGGUAACAAUGGCCCCGUUUUCUCCUCUGGAUGAAUAAGGGGGGCUGUUUGGACGAGGGGAAGGCAGGCUGCAGCCUGUGUGAGCUCAAGAAUAAACCGGAUGAUUUCUCGGCCUCGGUCCUCCCUCCUUUCUUCCUGGGGUGGGGGCUGGAGAGGCGGCCCCUGCGCUCUUCCUGGUCCCAGGGGUGGGGGUCCUGCUGGGCGAGGAGACACGAGGAGGUCAG